AAUAGUCAAUGCCAAUGUCUAACAAAAGAAAAUCCUAUCAUCAAGUUUUUAGAAGCAAUUCUAUCAAUAAAUCAAUACAAAACAACUACAUUCAACCAUAUCAAUUAAACGCUUACCAUACUCAUUUAACUCAAUAAGCUUUUACGAGUACAUAACAACCACCCGCAUAAUCUUUCAUUCCGUACACCAAGUAAAUCCAACACAUCUAAAUCACAAAACUAAUAAACUUAACACAACACAACUAACAGUAGUAGUAAUACAAAUGAACUCUCUAACCCCAAAAAAAUAUCAAACAAACGUGUUAACAUGAGUCAUGCAUACGCACAUACGUACAUAGGUAUAAUACCAAAGACUUUAGAGAAUGUGACCUUAGAUUUGGCUCAACAGCUGUUCUAUUUGUCGACCUUUUCGAACCUUCGAUGAGCCGACUCAAAACCCCCAUAAUAUACGUCAAAAAUACACUUACAUUUUCCCUAAUUUUCCACAUUUCACCUAUUUUUACCACUACUUUUCAAACCAAAAAUAAACUCAAAUUCCCAUUUUUCAAUAGUCAAAAUUUACACUUAACCCAUAAUUCCAUCUAUAUAAACCCUCUUCCCAAAAUUCUUUCUCAAACCAUUCUCAAAAUCCAAUCUUUUUAAAAGAAAACUAGAAAGAAAAAAAAGACCCAUCUCAAAUUUGUAGAAAAUCUCAAAAACCCACAAACAUUAACCCAUUAAUUCACCAAAUUUUGAAACUUUAUAGUUUAUUAAAGCUCAAUUCUUUGAUUCAAACUUAAUUCUUGCAUAAAUUAACUUAAUUUUUACUUCAAAUUUAGAUUGCACACAAGAUGUUUGCUACAUUGCGUCAACCAACUACACAAUCUUCACUAAUCACUUACUCUCUUCAAAAACCAGCAUUUUCUAAAGCAGAGCAACUCCACUUUCUUCCAAUUUUACCUUCUACAAAUAACCCAGAACUUCACACCAUUUUUUCAAUCAAAAAACCUUUGCAUGUUUCUUCAAUUUCCCAAAGAAAAUCAUUAGGAGUUGAAUGUAAAGCAUAUGAAGCUAACCAAGCUCAACCAUUAGACAUUAACAUUGAAUUACCUAGUGCACAAUCUGAGGCUGCUCAAAGGGUUAAAAUUGGUAUUUACUUUGCAACAUGGUGGGCUUUAAAUGUGGUUUUCAAUAUUUACAAUAAGAAAGUGUUGAAUGCUUUUCCUUACCCUUGGUUAACUUCCACACUUUCUCUUGCUGCUGGCUCUUUCAUGAUGUUGAUUUCAUGGGCUACCCGGGUUGCUGACCCGCCCAAGACUGAUAUGGAGUUUUGGAAGACUUUGCUCCCUGUUGCAGUGGCUCAUACAAUUGGCCAUGUAGCAGCAACUGUUAGUAUGUCUAAGGUUGCAGUUUCCUUCACCCACAUCAUUAAAAGUGGUGAACCAGCUUUCAGUGUGUUGGUUUCAAGGUUCUUGUUAGGAGAAACAUUUCCCUUGCCAGUUUACUUGUCACUUCUUCCCAUCAUCGGUGGCUGCGCCCUUUCGGCUGUCACUGAGCUCAAUUUUAACAUGACUGGGUUUAUGGGUGCUAUGAUCUCGAAUUUGGCAUUCGUUUUUCGGAAUAUUUUCUCAAAGAAAGGGAUGACUGGCAAGUCUGUUAGUGGGAUGAAUUACUAUGCAUGCCUUUCAAUGUUGUCUCUUUUGCUCCUUACACCGUUUGCACUUGCUGUUGAGGGACCUCAAGUAUGGGCUGUUGGUUGGCAGAAUGCAGUUGCUCAGAUUGGACCAAACUUUGUAUGGUGGGUAGCAGCUCAAAGCAUCUUCUACCAUUUGUACAAUCAAGUUUCAUACAUGUCUCUGGACCAAAUCUCUCCCCUUACUUUCAGUGUCGGGAAUACGUUGAAGAGAAUAUCGGUUAUAGUCUCUUCCAUAAUCAUUUUCCACACUCCUAUUCAACCUAUCAAUGCUCUAGGAGCUGCCAUUGCAAUCCUUGGAACUUUUAUCUAUUCACAGGCAAAACUGUAAGGCAAUCAGAAGGCACUUCAGUGAGAGUAGAAUGUAAAGGGGUGAAAGUUGGAUGAAGAGUUGGGAAAGGGUGAAGAACAUAUGCAGCAACGGAACGGCCUAGGAAUCAAACUCUGAUGAGUCUUUCGUGUGAUAUGAUGCGAUGCAGAAACUUUCUUUAACCAUGUCUAAUAAGAGUAGAUGCAGUCCUUGAAGGGUGGAACUAGCGCGAAGGGUAAUCUUUUGCAUAGACAUACAUCAGAUCUAUAGUUCAUCUCUUUGCUCCAUAACUAAGUUUCAGAAAUGCUUUGUGUACAUGUAGCACUUGAAGCUGAGCAUCUUUGUAACUUGUGGAAUAACUUAUAAAAUGGCUUUAAUCAAUUUUGUGAAAUUAUGAAUAAAGUAGAGCUUCAUCUGAUGAGUUAUAUACCAAUUUCAAUCUUUCGUUCAAGAACACAAAUUCUAGCAUUUUUGCUAGUCCUA